GUAGAUUUCACAUGACUUUCUUAGAAAUUUCUAAUAAAAAGGAAUUCUCAUAUUCACACCACACCAAACUUAAAUUUAAUUAUACUGUAGUAACCCUUUUUUCAGCAUCGCUCCCUUUCUAUACCGGACAUCUCAAAUCACACACACAUAUAUAUAUAUAUAAAUGUCUUUUUUGCCACGAUAUUUUCUUAUUGGAGCUGCUUAUUUUUGAGAGAUCAAACAUAGAGAUGGGAAACAGCAUAGGCAGAGGAAGGAAGGCAAAGGUGAUGAAGAUUGACGGUGAAACGUUCAAGUUAAAGACUCCAGCGAGGGCAUGUGACGUCGUCAAGGACUACCCAGGACAUGUGCUUCUGGAUUCGGAGGCCGUUAAGCAUUUUGGUGUCCGUGCCAAACCAUUAGAUUCUGAACAGGAACUAAAGCCAAAGAAAAUAUAUUUCCUGGUAGAAUUGCCCAAGUUUCCUGAAGAGAAAAACACAAGCAGGAACACCAGGAGGGUACGCUCUGGAAUUUACAUGAGUGCUAAGGACAGGCUUGAGUGCCUGAUGCUGUCUCGGAGAUCUGUUUCUGACCUUUCUAUUGCUAGAUCGUUGUCUACUCAAGUUCCUGAUGGGCCUUCUCCGGUCCGGCUGAAAAUGAGGCUUCCUAAGGCUCAAGUUGAAAAACUGGUCGAGGAGAGCAAAGACGAAUCAGAGGUGGCUGAAAAGAUUGUUGAUCUUUUCUUGGGAAAUUCCGGCGAAAUUAAUGGCCGCGAUGCUGACCGAAGGGAAGGUCAAUGGAGGCCAGAACUUGGUAGCAUAGGAGAGAAUUUGAAGCCACGUGAGAAGCGAGUGAGUUUUAGUCCAGAAGGAGGAGAAAUCAGAUUAGGAGUAGCCUCCCAUUAGCACUGAUCAUAAAGAUUCAAGAGAAGGGCAGAAUUGAGCAUUUUUCAAGCAUGCUUGUUAUGUCACCGAAUCCACAUGUACAUGUAUAUCCAUUCUCAUAGAUAUAGAAAUCUGGAAAAAUGUCCUAACCAAGGAAAAAUCUUUCGAGAAAUCGCCCAGUUGACUCGUUCUCAUUCUGGGCUAUGGUUCUGUUCUGCAUCUCUCAUUUGUUUUAUUAAAAAAAAGCAUCUCUCUUUUGUUUAUUUAUUUUUUUUAAUUAACCUUAGGCCUUGUACACCUGUGUUAAUUAGUAAUCAAAUUUUUUUUCCA